AUGUCUUUUCGCGGCUGAUCUAAAAACACAGUCGGCCGAAACUAACACAAUGUCCGAAACUAGUAUUCAUGAGGUUUACGGAUUGAUCUGCUUGUUUUCCGACCCGCUGGUGUUGACAUCAUACCCGCGGUGCUAUUUCCUAAAGAGGUAUUAAACCCCGAAAAUCCAAUGAUUACUUAAUAUACGGAGUACAUAUAAUACGCCACGCAGCAAUCAUCCACAGUCAUCCAAACUUAGUCAUCUGAUGCUGGCUUAGUUAAUUUUUCUAAUCAAUAACAGAUCCAGUUUUGAGAAGGUUAUAUUUUAUGUUGACAUACCAACCGUGGCUUGCAUGUUCUUGCCGCAGAAAUGAGUCAGAUUUAGAAACUAAAGACGCGAAGGAAGGUCCCAAAGUUUUAUACUUGUGCAUCUAAAACAGAGCUUUGUUAAUGCAAUGCAAUAAGAAGUCGUGCAUUUACAUUCACAAGAUUUGUUUCAUCAUUUCUUGGACCCAGCUAGAACUAAGCUUGUUGCUGACGAGCAGAACAUGCACCCCCCUCAUUGACAAUUCUUUGUUUAGUUCUUGUUUGAUAAAUAAAGAUACCAAACCAAAACUACUAAAACAAAAAGUUAUCACAAACAAGAACUAGUUAACUUAUACAAUCAAUCAUGUUUAAAUUAAUCUGGCUAUUAGAUAUCUUGUGAUUACUCUUGGUUAUAUGUAGCUAUACACUUACACCAUUCUUGGAGGUGGAUUCUGACUUUUCCAUAAUAACAAUCCAUGAUAUGGUAGGUUUUGGUAUUUACCCACAAUAUGUUAUAGGUGAUUCUUAUUAUCAUACAAUGCACUCUAUAGAACUCCUGAGAAGUUUUAUAGGACCUUUGAUACUUGCUAGUUUAUGCAAAUGUAUUUUGUCAUUGACUUCGUCUAUUCCAAUUAUCAAUGAUAACCCAUGGGAUGAAAAUGAACUAUCAUUUUUAGUACUGCUAUUACUUGGGGCUGGUAAUGUAUUACUGUGGACAUAUCUUAGAAAUACAUUGAUUCGAGUUACUGGCAAGAGAAAAACCGGAGUUUGGUUUUCGAUUUUAAUAAUUUCUCAACAUAUAAUAUUUAAAUGCACACGAACACUUCCUUUAUCUUUUGCUUCGCCAUUUGUGAAUUAUUCAUACGCCAAGAUUAUUAUGGGUGAUUUAUCAGGACUAGUUUGGUUGGCAUUUGCAGCAACUGUUUUUCGUUACAAGUUAAUGAUGCUUGCUUUAAUCAUAGCUGUGCUACCACCAUACCUCCUAAAAGAUAGAAGUGUAAUUAAAAAAUUGAAAUAUGUGGUAUCAGACACAGUUAUUGGAGGCUUAACUUCAUAUAUUAUUGAUUCUUAUUUCUGGCUCACGCCAGCCUUGCCUCAACUUGAAUCGUUUUGGUUUGAUUUAAACUCUAUCAACAUAAAGAAACUUUCCUCUGGAUUUAUUAUCAAGUUGAUUGGUCUUAUUCUAGUAUGCCUACUGGUCCAUUAUUGUUUUCUAGAUCUUUCCAACUGCGAAAAUACAAGAAAAGAUAAAUACUUAUCAAUUCUAUUAGUAUGUGCUUGGUGCUACCUGUUUCUAUUAAUAUUUCAAACCAGUAAAUCACUGGAUUUUGAUUAUACUUUGUUGAUCGAGAUGGCACAAAUUGCAAAUCGCAUAAGCAACCGAACGUUUACCAAACUAUCAGGAAUUAUCUGGCUGGUUUACUUUCUGCUCCAAUACGCAUUGACAAUAUUUUCAUUACAAAAUGUUUACUUUGCCAGUUUUUUUCCCUCUCCAAAUUCAGUGUUGGGUUUAAAGGAGUACAACCUAAAAGUUAAAUUAAAGAAUUUGAUUGAAUUUGUAUGUCAGUACCUAAUUCCAAUAACACCAUAUUUAUUCUAUUCCUUGCAUACUAGAUAUGUUUUAACUAGUUAUAUUUCCAAGUAUAGACCUAUCCAGCAAAGGGUAUAUACCUUGCUAGAUAUAAUAUUGACGGUAGUUGAGAAAAUAUCCGGAAGAGGGACCCUUUGACUUGGUUUGCUUUAAAAGAGCAUACUUAUAUGGGCUUUGUUUAUAAAACUUAAUUCUUUAUAAUGUUGAACUACUUCUACACACUUUUACUACCAACUACUUCAUAUUUAAAUAAAAAUUUUUUUGCAGAAUAUAAUUAUACGACAAAAAUAUUGUGUAACCCCCACUAGCAUACGAGUUGUAAAAGUUCCAAGAAUUCUUAGCAAUCUUUUAUAUUUCUGAUUUUUCUUGUAUACAGAUCUUUUACCAAGAGAUUUUUCACUACAAUGAUUAUUAUUUAAAUAAUAUUUACAUAUGCUUAUAGGCGCUUUGAUGCAUGAUUGAACUU